AUGGUAGACACAAACAAAGAAAUUUCAGAACAGCAAACAACAAGCAAAUUUGCCGGUGAAGCAUUCGAUGUGGGCAAUGUGCGUACUGUUUUUGCUGGGGCUUCAAAAGAUAACAUGAAGCGUAGUGACCGCGUUAUUUUAUUAGUUGGACUAACUGGAAGCAAUAAAUCGAAUCUAAUUGAUUGCAUGUGCAAUUACUUUUAUGGUGCUAAAUUUGAUGGUGUUCAAUAUAAAAUCGCCGAUGAAAUAUUCGAUCGACAAAGUACCCCGAUGAAAUCGAUUACCAAAUAUGUGUUCAAUGCAACGAUCAUGCCAUUUCGACCGAUAAUAAUCGAUACGCCAGAAAUUGCUAGCGACAGCGAAAUACCAACAAAAGAAGCAACAACGGAUAUAUUGCAUAACUUUAUAAAUGAAAAUCAACAUAUAAGUGCAUUAUGUAUUGUCUUAAAACUUGACGAAAAAUCGAUCAAUGAGGAUGAAAAAAUGAUACGGGAAGUGAGUUGUCAAAUUUCAAUUAUCGAAUUAGCGAUCGAUUUAAUCGCUUAUUCAAUUAAUUGA